AGCUCAGUUAACCUCUUGUCAAAAACUCCGAAAGCAUGUUUUCGGAUCCUGUGGAUGUAAACAAGCAGACGAAUCAUUAUGUGUAUUCUAAAUCUAAAAUUGAAUGACUUUUCGUCGCUGAUUUGUUUGAGGAAGAAUAGCAUAAAACUAUGCCAAUGGAUACCUUCAUAUGUGGAACAUGUCAGGUGACAUUCAAUGAAAUUGAUUCUUUUAUACUCCACAAAAAAGAUUGCCAAGGGAAUCAAGGCCAGCUUACAGAUGUGAUUGAGGCAAAUUUACCUCAGGAGUUUCCAACUAUAACUGAAGUAGAAAAUGCAGCCACCCUUGUGAAUGAAUCCACAGGAGAACAAACAGUAAUAAUCAUACAGCCUGGAACAGACCAAGAUGAGAUAACUCAGAGGUUAAUGGAUGGUACCUUCACACUGACAGAUCUACAGAAUGCUACUUUCUCAACAUUUGAUUCCAAUUCUAAUAAUUCUGUAUUAGAAUUACCACCUGCUCAAGCAAAGCCUUACACAGGAAAGAAGCGAGGGAGACCAAAGAAAUCAGAGACAUCAAAACCUACAACAGACCUACCUGUAGAAAAAGAAAAAUCAACUUCUCCAGAAAGAGGUGCUGAUGGUAGAUUAACGUGUAGACGUUGUAAGAGAAAGUUCACUAAAGAGAGAUUUUUUAACACACACAAAUGUAUGGGAUCAUCUGAUUAUGUGGACAUUACAAAGAAACAAGCUAUUGGGGAUUCAGGACCUGAUGAAUCAGAUAAUGAUGAUGAUAGAGACGAGGAUGUCAAAGCUACGGAGAUGGCUAUAGAUAUCAGUAGUGAUUGUACAGAAGACGAAGAUUUUGAUGUUAUGGUUGACCGCCAAAAACCAAGAAAAAAACGUAAAUUAAACAGAACUACGAAUAUAGUUCAAGUUAAAACAGAUCCAGAUGUAGAAAAUGUAUAUGCAGACAAACCAACUUCUGUUAUUGAAGAUAUACCGGUCUUUAAAAAUGACGAUGAUAAACGACAGUUUGAAGCAAAUUUAAAUGUUGAUCUCAGCUGUGUUGACCAUUUAUUUGUAGAGACUAGGAUAGAACAAGAACUGAAUGAGAAAGUACCGAUUCUAUCCAGGAUCAAUUCUACCAUGUUGUCAUUGUAUACUUGUACUGUGUGUAAUAAGAUCUUCAAGACAUUGUCCCACAUGAGAUUACACUGUCUCAUUCAUACUGACCUCAAACCAUUUGUAUGUACCAAGUGUAAUUAUACAACAAAUUCUAAAGGUAAUCUCUAUACUCACAUGAGAAAACACACAGGACAGUUUUAUAAAUGUAGAAACUGUGAUUUUAAAUCUGUCAACAAGACUCAUUUAUUAGAGCAUGAAGCAACACAUUCCGGCCAGAAAGCUAAGUGUGAUAUAUGUAAGAGGGAUUACAAUACAGUCAAAUCUUUGAUCAACCAUGUCCGAAAGUAUCAUAUAGGUACAACAAGAGGGAAGACUUACUUAGAUAGUUUCUUAUCAGGCAGGAAAAACACAGGAACGACCAUCAUUCACCAGUGCCAUGUUUGUAAUCGGAAAUUUAAGAAAAAGAUCGACAGAGAUCGACAUUUAUUUAUACACGACAUUAAAGAUCUGCCAAACAUACAAAGUUGCCUUCUGUGUGAUUACACUGCUAGUCGUAGAAUAUAUCUUGAGAAACAUUUCCUGAAACAUAGAAUUCUGUAUAAAUGUAGUGAAUGCAGUGAAGUGUUUCUUAGUUCCGUCCGACUGAGUGACCACUUAUCCAGCGUUCAUGUAAAAGAGGAAGUCGAGGGUCUGAAGUGGGAGGAGUUGUUCGAAAAGAGUAUUGAAAACAGCAUGUAUUUGCCAGAACCUGAUGACUCGUAUGGACCUGACGAAAAGGAAUUUGUAAAUCUUCCACCAGAGUUGUCAAUAGUAGAGGUGGCAAAAAAUACAGAAUAUCUAUCUCCAGAAUCCAGUAAAAGGUUGGAAGAAGAACAAGCUGCUGAAGUUAUAGCAAAUUUACAGGUUAAUGCUUCAGGGGAGGUAACUGUUACAGAUACUAAGUUACAAACGGAAACAACUGACGAGGGUAUGAAAAUAGUUCUAGACAAGACUUCUGGUUUACAGGAACAUCCAACUAAAAUACAGAUAGAGACCAAUAAUCAGGUUAUUAAAUACGACGAUUCUGUUGGAUCUAUUGAAAAUGAAUUUACACCUAAUGGUACAGUAAAGGAUGAUAAUAUUGCGAUAAAUAAUGAUAUAACAACAAAGACAUGUGCUGCACCUGAAACCAAUGUUCUGUCUGAAGGAUUGAUAGAAGGCAAUCACCUUGGGCUGGAUAUCAGUUCUGAUAAAGAUCAAGAUGAAAGUACCAGUAGUCCUAGUAAAGAGUUAAAUUUAGAUCUUGUCCUUGAAGUUUCAUGUGAAGCCGAUAAAACAGAAGGUGACAAAAUCAAUACUAUUGACCCUAACCAAGGUAACAAUAUGGAUGCUGAGGUUGAUAAUAUAGAUACCGACCAGGGGAAUAAUGAAGAUGGCGAGGUUGAUAAUAUUAGUAUUGACCCUGAUGAAUUUGAAUGUGAAGAGGAAGAUGAGGUCAAUAAAAACCUGAGUAAAACAGAAAAGCUUGAGAAAUUAAUAGAUCGUUUGGGAUACAGUUCAAUGAACAUGCAGAUCUUCCAUAAAAUGAGAGAGACGUUUGGACAUGAAGAAUGUGAAUUCUGUGGAAAGCUGUUUUAUAAUAAAAAUGAUUUUGAUAACCACAUGAGAACACAUACAGGAGAGAAACCAUUUGCCUGUAUAACCUGUGGAUUUAAAGCAGCUACAAAGGAAGAAUUAAACAGUCACAAGGAACAAGAACAUAGAGCUAUUGUAUAUCCCUGUAAAGACUGUGAGUAUGUGGCUGUUAGUAGGUCACAGCUCUGGAACCAUAGCAUACAACAUAAAGGUCUAGGGGAGGCUAUGGGCUUAGAAUGUCCUCUCUGUCAACAGAAACUAGACAACAUGAGAAAAUUUAAGUUACAUGUAGCAGAAAAACAUCCUGACAUGACUGAAGAAGAUAAUUGUAAAAUUACCAGUCUCAACAAGGUCAAGAUGCACAAAGUUCAGGGAAAAUUAGGGAGAAGAUCCUAUAAAUGUCCUUACUGUGAAAAAGUUUUCUUCCGAGCAAACUCUGAGUUACAGAAACACAUCUGGAUCCAUGAGGGCAUUAAACCUUACAAGUGUCCACUCUGUCCCCAUUCCUGUCGUAGUAAGAACAACCUACAGGCACACAUGUUACGUCACACGGAUGAAAAACCUUACACCUGUAACGAAUGUGGUAAACCAUACAAGUCCAAGACAGCUCUACGGUGGCAUGUCAGAUCUCAUACAGAUGGAAAAAUGUUUAAAUGCAUGAAGUGCAAUUAUGAAGCCACACAAAGAAGUCACCUAAAAAGACAUAUGGAGACUCAUGAUGUUAUUAAACGUUAUGGAUGUCAACAUUGUGACUAUUCUGCCAACACUAUUGGUUACAUGAAAAUACAUUAUACCAGAUCUCAUAAAGGGGAACAGUUUGUGUUUAAAGAAUCAGAAUCACCAGCAAAGAGUGAUUCACAAUUAUAUAGGUGUCUCAGCUGCGAUUAUCUUUUUGGUAAUUUGUCAGACCUUAAGAGACAUUUGAAGAUUCGUCAUCAUCUCCAAUUCCAACAGAUUCAGGGAAUUGAUCAAAAUUCUUCAGAAGUUCAGGUAAUACAGUGUGAAGGUUCUAAUGUUGAAGUUGAGGAAGCUAUUUCAAAUGAUAUAACACAACCUAUAACUACUGAUACCCCAAUAGAUAUGUUAGAUGAGAAAACAGCAUCAGCAGUAAAUAUACUACAACAAAUUAUCAGUAUGCAAAACCAAGGUGCUAUAGCUCCCCAGCAGUUUACUGUCCAGUCAGAUGAUGGUCAGAUUCUGUCUGUUAAUCCUGGCUCCAUUAUAGUCCAGGAUGGACAGGAAGUUGUGGUAUCCAAUGGCAACACAGAUAGUAACCAACAGUAUGUUAUCCAGUAUGUCACUCCUCAGGACGGUGUCAUAGAUGACACAAACAUGGUAGAAGUACAAACUGUACAGAGUCAUCCAUUACAGGAAAUAGAAAUUGAACCUUCACCUUUGGACGUGGACGUUAAUGCUCUUUGAUGAAUUAUAUAAAAAUGUUUUGUUUAAGUAAAUUUGUAUUAAAAAAUUGUUGCUGAGUACUCAAGUUCUUUUUGAACUCUUCAGCUUUGUAUAGUAUUUAUUCUGUUGAAUUAUUUUAAGUACAAAAAUAAAUCUAAAUCUAAAUAGA